AGGUUCUGCCUUUACCCUGGACUGUCCGAGGACCUGGUGGGCACACACCCGCCCGGGGCACACAGCCUGGUCGCCGUAUCUGUAGGUUAUUUCCUUGAAGACUUUGUGGACAUGUUGUGCAAUCAGAAACUUCACCAAUCCUGGGAGCUGCUCUUCCAUCACUCUGUGGUGAUUGUCUGCUUUGGUAUUGCCGUGCUGCUCCAUCAGUACGUUGGCUUUGCCCUUGUGGCUUUACUGGUGGAGAUUAACUCCAUCUUCCUCCAUCUGCGGCAGAUCCUGCUCAUGGCCAACCUGGUGCACACCACCUGCUACCGCCUCAACAGCGUCGUCAACCUGGGCACCUACGUGGUGUUUCGCAUCGCCACACUGGCCUGGAUGACUCGCUGGCUCUUCCUCAAUCGGCAGAACGUGCCCCCGGCAGCGUACGCUGUAGGUACGGUGGGCAUGGCAAUCAUGACACCCAUGAACAUCAUCCUCUUCUACCGCCUGCUGCGUAGUGACUUCUUCAAGCCCAGCCAGGAUGUGCGACAGGAGAAGGAGCAAUAG